UUCUCUCUUGCUCAUGCUCGCUCUCUCCCGGUGGUACAAAAGAGUGAAAAAACUUGUCAUUGAAAUACGCAUCGAUUUUCCACCCAGUUCCGUGUGAGGUUUUCCUCCGUAAGGAAAAGCGCCUCGUCGCUGAGAAUACUUACCACAAAAGUUUUGUAAAAUCGGUUCAACAUGGUGCAAAACACUCAGUGCGUGAUGACAAGUGUAUGGCGUUGGCGUUCGUAAUGAACCCGAGCGAGAAAAUAAGCCUCGAGAAAAGUGCCCAUCACAAAGAGUGUUGUUUGGUGGACCGACGGCACAAAAGGUGGUCAGCUGCAGCACAGCAUGUAAUAGAGCCGUACCCCCCUCCCGACCGAGUUUGCCUAGAUGCCAUCCUUGUAGUGGCGUAGUGCGCGAAUCGAUCGAUUACGGGGAUUCCUGUUUGUGUGGUGCGGCACGGAAAAAGGUUGAGUUUCCUCGACACCAAGCACCAAGCGUGGGGCGGAACUAGUUCCACUGACCUAUACAUUCCAAGGCACGCCAAUUGCAAAUAAACCUUCACGAUGGACGUGGCAACGAUGCAGCGAGCUGCUGAGGGUCAGGAGUAUUUGCACAACACCAACAACAACAACAAUAAUAAUAACAACAACAGCAGUGGUUCGAUGGCUUGUGGGUUGGAGGGCAAAGCGAAACAGGCCGCCGAGGUGGUGCCCAAUGAUGCGCAGCGCGAUUUCGUAACGCCCAAGAUGAGCUCAAGUGUGGCCAGCAUUCUGGACGACACGACGCCGAGUGAUUCCGGUGUGCAGCUGCUGGACUCGGAAUCGAGCGGGCUGAACGAAUCGAUGAUUUCCAGCGCUGGCGGGUUCGAGUUCGAUGGUGGACCGACCCCACCACCGCCACUGCCGUCAUCGGCUGCUUCGGCAGCUUCCGGAGCAGCGACCCCGUUUGGCGAGGAAGGCAAAAAUAACAAUAACAAUUACAACAGCUAUCACGACCGCCCGGUCGCCGAGAUGGAGGUGGAAGCGGCCGAAGAGGAAGAGGAGGAUGAGGUUGCGGUGGGCGGGCCGGCAGGGGGGGACGAUUUGGACGAAGCGGGAGAGGCCAAGCUGGCGGCAGAUCAGGAGAUUGGCGAGGGGAUUGAAAUCGAACCGGGCAUGAGCACGAGCCAGGUCCCGGACGAACUCAUCUCCAGCACCUGCUCGACGUUCGACAGCGAGAACAUCGUGUAUCGGCGCCGGAUUAAGAAGACCCCGAUGAGCAAAACGCCCAAAAAGCGUGUCUCGUUCCAUGAGGACAUACUGAAAAACACCAAGACGGACAAUAUACACAUCGAGCACGGUUUCAUCACGUACAAGACGGGCGGUGCGGGCAAGAAGAAUGUGGCCAAGGGCCGCUACUCCUGGUGCUCGGAGGAUGACACCGGCGGCGACGGGUACGACUACGGCGACGAGGAAGCGCACGAGGGAAGGCAGUACGUGUACCGGAACGCCUGCUCGGAUGUGCUCGACUACGGCAAGACGGACGUGUUCGAGAACGUGGAGGACGAGCGGAACUACGUCAAGUACGAUAAUUCGGGCGUGUUCGAGUACGGCCCCCCGGAGCGGACGACGAAGGUGUCGGAUCUGAUCGGAGGGGGGAAGGCACUGUACAAGUGUGGCUGUUCCGAUUCCAACUCGAGCCUUGACUCGGGCGAAGGAGGCAAUACGCAAACGACCAACUAUCGGCAGGCAAAAUCAAACAGCUGCGAGUGUAUUGGCUCGAAUGGUGGUGGUGCGACCGGGCGGCGCGGUAAGCACGGCGGCAAUAACAAUAACAACAUUAUCUCGGACAACUGCUACUACAGCGAGCCAAGCAUCGAGCAUCUGGACGAGUUCAACGGCAAUGUAACGGGCAGCGGCGACGGUGGCGGCGCAGGCGAACAGUUUGUAAAGUCGGUGUGGAGCAAGGAGAAGAAACCGAAGAGCAGCUGCCUUAAGAAGACGAAGCGCAAUAGCAUCUUUACGAACGUGGUCGUGCCAGAGUACGAUCUGAGCCGGAAGGUGAAGAAGUUCAACGUGCACCAGCGACUGUCGGUGAUCGACAACAGUCGGAUGAUUUUUGGCUCGCUGAAGGACAUCUUCGGCAUCGCGCUACCGGAGCGGGGCGUGCCGGAAGGAUCGGAAGAUCUGUCAUCGGUGCGCGAGUGCAUCCCGGAGGUGCACGAUGACGCAACGCUGGAGGACGAUUUCACGCUGGUACAGAAACCGAAAUCAUUCCUGUCGAAGAGUCUGGACGGUGGGUUUCACAGCCGGGCUGGCGGGCGGCCGAAUGCCGGGCAGCAGAAAAAGUACGUCCACAACGUGGACGAACAGUUGCGCCGAAAGAAUGACGAGGAUCUGUAUGCGCCGAGUCGCAAGAACAGUGUGGAGGACGAAUUGCCCCCAGCAGAAGCGGACACCGAUGGAGGUAAUUGCGGGGAGCGAGAGCAAUCGGAGGAAGAGGUGACUUUCUCCACUCCGGAUUCGGUUUCGCAAGCGGCGCUGGGUGCGGCGGGCGUCGGUGCCACCGCUGCGUAUCGCAACAAGUUCAUCAUCAACGGCGAAAGCACCGUGUACGAGCAUACCGGCGUGUCGUACUGCUUCGAAGACGGACAGGACAAGACACCGCUGGAGGAAGAAAAGGAGCUGCCGGUCGGUGAAACCACAAGCGGCUCGUUCAUUGGCAAGACGCAAAUCAAAAAGAAGCUGUCCACCAUAUUUCAAAAGAUGAACGUUAUCAGCUCGCAAGCGUCCACGCCGAACCCAACGGCUCCUCGCCCCGGUGGCGACGGCGAUGCAGAGCGGGGAGGCGAUGAAGCGGCGCAGCGUUUGAGAAGAGAAUCGGGCAGCUCGGCACUGCCCUCGCCACCAUCGCCGAAGCAUUCGGAAAAGGUGCUAAUGGAAAGCAGCACCAUCUCUUCCUGCAGCAGCGAGCAUUCCGAACCGCAGCUGGGUGCAGUUGAACGCAAACAGUCGGGUAGUGGAUCGCCCCGUGGUUCCGCUUCCAAAGCGAACCGGCAUCUGUCAUCGCCGCUGAAGAACAGAUCGCUCACCACCACACGCAUGGAAGCGUCACGGCCGUCACGCAUGAGCCCGGAUCUGUUUAAUCUCGGGGUGGUGCCUCCGGCGCGCAACCUGAGCCAUAUCAUCGACCCACAGCUGGCAGUGGAGUUUGAGGAUAUACUCACGGUAACGACGACCACACACACCACCAACACCACCACCGAAUCGUUGAUCGAAUCGGUGGACCAGCACCAGCAGGUGGACAAAAAACCAUCGCUCAUCGAGGACGAUCUCGUGAUUGUGGACUAUCCUUCCUCGUCGGGUGCGUCGAGCGCAGCCGCGCUGACCCCGGUAACCCCCCAAUCGGAGGAGUUAUUCGCGCGCCAAACAAACCGUACACCGUACCAGCAGCAGCAGCAGCGACACCGUCACAACCCAAUGACAUCAUCGACGACCAGUUCCGCUUCGACCGCGUCGAAAAGUUCGCUCAUCAACCGGUUCUUGCGCAACGUGACGCAGAAAAAGAUUCUCGAGGCGACGAUCAAGCAGAAUCCCUUCUUCCAGUCGAAGCUGAACGGGGAGCGCAAGCUGUUCGAGAACCUGUGCCCGCGUGGACCGGCGCGCCCAAUCAACCGGGAGCUGGUGGAGGAUCUGAACGCGGAAAUCGCCAUGGAAAUCGAGCUGUCCUCGUCAGCCUGUCAGCUCGAUCGCAUCCAGCUGAACGACACGUACGCCCAGUCGGGCGCGGAAAGCGCCAGCCCGUUUGCGCUCGGAGGCGUAAAGUUCGAUGGUGGCGGGAUCGGUGUCGGCGAGCUACCGGUGGAACUGUUUUCUGCCGGCCCGCGGCUCUCCAUCUACCGCAACGACAGCGAGGUGCUGAUGAAGGUGUUUAAGCUGUUUAAUGGCUACAGCCGGGAGGGGUACAUGACGCCGGUGCUGGUGUUUCUGACCGAUCGCACACUGUACGUGACGGACCAGGUGCGGAACAAGCUGUGCAAUAAGUUUGUGCUGCCGUACGCCGAGCUGGACGUUAUACUGGUCGGCCCGUACGGUAACACGGUGCUGCUGAGCAACUCGGCCCGGGACAUGCAGCAGGUGCUGCUGGCCGGUGGCCCGUACCCAGCGGAGGGGCUAGUGUCGAGCUUGGAGCUGUGCGCGCGGCGCGGUGGCUCCGUACUGCCGGCCGUCGGUCAGCUCACCCUCGAUCAUCUGGCACCGCUGCAGGCGUUCGUGCGCGAUCACUCGAGCGUCAGCCGGGAGGAUUCGUGGAAAUAUUACGCGGUCGUAAACGUGCCGGCCGGUACGUUGGGUAGCGAGGAGGCACCGCUCGGGCCACACAUCAAGGGCCCGCUAAUGCAUCGGCGAAUGUCUCACGCGGGCUUCGUGGACAAUUGGUCGGCGGGUUACUUUUUGCUGAAAGCUGGAGUGCUUUACCUGUUCGCAGAUGCAUCCCAGAAGCUGCCAACGUGGGCCGUCGCACUGGCCGAAUGUCAGGGAGCACGCCGGUCGGUGAAUUCGGGCCGGCCGUACUGCUUCGAGCUGCUGCUUCGCACCGGAGCGCUUCAGCUGGCCGCACCGGACGAGUAUGUGGCGUCCGAUUGGCUGCAGGCACUGGUGCAAGCGGCAAGCGGGGUGAGUGAUACGCAGGCAGUCGAGGCACAGCUGUUUGAGAUGCAGGAACGUCGCCGUACACUCGGGUGCACGCUGAUCAUGACGUCGAACCAUCUCCUUACGCUGCGGGAAGACUUUAGCGCACCGUUGCGUCGCAACACCAGCUACAGCACGGUGGGCGAGAUAAGCAACCCAUCAUCGGCGUCGAACGCAUCGAUGCAGCUGCAGCUGUGUCUGUCCUCUCCGUCGAAGGAAAAUAUCAAUCCGAACGCCACCCGUCGAAAGAUUAGCAACGUGUCGAGCAGUAAUGGUGGGCUGGACAACUUCAGUGAGAUAAGUUCCAUUCGGUCCAACUGCAGCACACCAACGCGCACGAACGUUGCUGGCCAGUUGAUCAGCGCUGACCGCCGCUCGAAUGCAUCGAGCACCAGUACACCGACCAGAGGCAGCGCAAUGCAGCAGCAGCAGCAGCAACAGCUGCUGAAUGCAUCGCCGGCUAGAAGCCUUCCACGAUCCGGUGCCCUGGCUACCAGUGGACCGCCUUCGUUGGUGGACUUUUUCGCUGGCAGCACGGAAGAGAAAAGCUACACCAACAUGAGCAGCUUCUAUGGGAAGAAUUCCGGUGUCGAGGUGCUGACGUGCGCUAGCAUCGAUGAAAUGUCGGCCGUAAAGAUACCGGCCAUCUCUUCCAACUGGUGGUGCAUUCUGGAAUUUGAGUGCCAGGAGGUUCGGGAAAACUCGGACGAUUUGGUAGUGUUCUUUUCGACCAGCGCAGAGCAGGAACGUUUUCUGUCCAUGCUAGAAUCGAUCUGGCACACCAAGAAGAGCGAAGCAUUCCCGGCUUCGAUCAUUAGCAGCGACGAUGCAGUGUACGAUCAUUGCUCCAAGCUGUUCCUAGAAAUCAACCGUUCCUGGGAACCGCUGCUAUCAGCUGCCCUAGGCUAUCCGCAGUAAAAUCGACAACGUGUUGUCAACAUCACUCAACAUCCGCAUCACAUCACUGUAACGUUAGGCGAGUAACGAAAUGCUGGAAAGCGAUGCACAUUGCUACUUCCUGGUAAGUAAGGCACGCCAACGGCAGUGGUGGUUGAUAUUUGAGCGCGCAAAAGUGCAAUAAUGGACAAAAAAGUAUUACUAGCUGUACUCUUCAAACUGUUAGGUAAUUUUGAAUUGAACGUUUAGUUGUCUUGCUCUAGCUAUGAUGUCAAAAGAAGGAAGCGUCAGCUGGGCCCUGAAUGUGGUUGGUUUAUUAUCUUAAAUUUAACAUUACCUUAAAAGGCAAAUUAAGGUCCACGAAGACGUUAAGAAGAAGUAAGCAGGAGGAUUCAUUUACGAAAGGUAUCUCAUUUUCUCUAUCAAUCGAUUUGUUUAAAGUAUAAAGAGGUAAUUCUAUGUUUACCAUUUAUUUAGAAUUCUGCUGUGAACUAUAUGUUCAACGAAGCAUAUGGUUUCCAUUUGAAUGUUGCGAUUACAUGCUUGAAUAGUAUUGUACACACACAGAGAGAAGAAAUUUGGAACUGGAAAGUAAUUCCGUAAAUUGUAUGAUUGCGAUUUAAAUAUCGUCGGACAAAAUGUUACCAAAGAUAGUGGCGUUAAAGCUGACGUGUGAUUGGCUUAAACACGAAUCAAGCUAACCACAAUGAAACACGGACAGCCAUAUAACAAAAAUAUCAAAGUGUCUUUCGGUGUAGAAAGGAAGUUCGACAUUUGGCCAUAUCUAUUCUAUUCUAUUCGAUACUAUGCUUUUCCUUGAUAUUAUAGCCACCCUUUUCUCUCCAUUAACAUGCUCUUGACGGAGUGAGCAUAGUUCUGCUUAUGAAUAGAGCUUGGUGUCGCUUAAUGCCUAAUCCCCCCUCCCCCUAGAGCUUUUAAUGCUUAUUGAAACUGCAGCUGCAGUGGGGACAGUGGAAACAUUACAAAAAUAUACUCAAAAAUGUGAUUUAUUUCUCUCUCCUUCCCUAAAACAAGAGGUGCAGCUAAGGGGACACACACGUAGUUGAACAAGCUACGUGCUGGUACUAUUAGGUGGGUAAUAUUAGGGAAACCAUCUAACUGAAACGUAACGUCGAGGUGAUGACAUGGUGCACAACCAAAAUCAAUUGGUCUCAAACACAAAAUCUAAAUCUAGAAGAAGCACACAACAUAAUGGUACAGGAUUAUCGUUGUAAGCUCAGCAAGAAUGAGCAAGAAUAAUAAUAAAUGUUUGAAUUUCAAUGCCUUCACACUAUCAAACAGCUUGCUACAAAACAUUGAAACAAAUCUCAAUCUCGCGAAGAAAUCAUAAAACAUCCAUAACAAAUUCCAAAGCAUAAUUGUUACCGACAAAUACGUAUAACACACAUUAUAGGCUUCAUUUUGUGGUUGUUCGGACAAUAGGCCUAGGAAAAUGCAAUCAUAUGUAAGAUCAUUAAGUCAUUUUUUUUAUUUUAAACGAGUAAUUGGAACUGUUUAUUUACUAACCUUUUCGGUUCGCUUCGUUGUAUAAGGUUAAGUUAGUUAUUAUUUAUCUACUUCUAGUCAAAGAUGAGGGUUUACGAUGCGCGUUCUGUUACAAACAAUACGAUAUGUGAUUUAAAAAAUUGCCCUAUAUAUAGUUUAAACGCUAGGUUGAGAUCGCUUAUAAUACGUUCUAUGUAAAAUGAAUAUUCCGCUUAUGUGUAUUACAAAAAAACAGAAAAUACUUCGCUAUAUUUUGCUUAUAUGUAUGCUCGAACCACGUGAUUGGCGAACCUUUAGUGCGAUACAGUUAAUGCAAUCAAUCUCUUAACCAGUUCUGAAUGUUUAGGAUACUGUUACACGAUAAGCAAGCUUCUGAUAUGUACUCACAAAGCAUGAAUUAUACACACACACCCCCAGCAUAUAUUAUUCUGUAACAAAACACAAUAUAUACGUGCAUAUAUAUACAAACAGAUCUUAAAAAAAAGAAAAUUUUGCUAUUAAUAGCCCCACAAUGUUAUGCCAGUCGUAUAUACAUAUAUUCUUGUAUGAUCAUUUUGAAACAUAAAUGAAACAAAAGGCAAAUAAUGAAUGCGGGGGGAGCGAGUAAACUAAACGUGUAGUAGCUGAAGAAAUCAUUUAGAAGGAGGUUUUCAAUCGUCCGGGGGACGAGACCGAGGAGGUACUGACUGAAAUAAGAAGAAAAACAAAACACGAGACAACUGAGUUGAAAGGGUUACGGAAGGAUCGUUCGAUGAUCUUUUAUUGAUAGACAAAGUUAAUGAUAGCAUGGUCUAAAACUUAUACGUUAGUAAAAUUGUACAAACUAUUACAACAUGGAAAGCUAACUGACAAAACAAUAACCAACUGCGCUCCAUAACAUCUCGAAAUAAGGUGUAGAACAACUUGUAUCCAACCACCCGGCAGAAAGACAUAUAUCGAAUAUACUCUCGUUACACUUGAUUCCCCAACAACCCCAACAACAUCUCAACCAAAACAUCUCUGUGCUAGACAAGCACACGGCUACAUUAAAUUCCAGUCAAGUGUACGAAAAUAAAGACAACUGUGUAAUCUCAUUGGCAAAACGGAA